CAGAUCUUAUCAGCCGGUUCGUGUAUAUGGAAGAUUUUUUCUCAGCUCAGCGUGAUACACGCCCCAAAGAGCAGCAAUACUUUAACAUCUCGUGGUGCGCAAGAUUCGACCUACCGAAUUUCACCCCAACAACUCUAUAUAUUGGCUUCUCGAGACUCCCCAACAAAUGCUGCCAGCAGCAAAUUACUUUUCCCUUCCCUGGCGAAAUGGACAUCAGGAUCCCUUUUCUUGCCUUCUUCUUCCUCGCCCUCCUCAAGCUCAUCAGGAGCUACGUCACGCCCUCACGCGCAAAGCCAUCGUCGGCGCUUCGCCAACCGCCGGGGCCAUGGCAGCUGCCGCUCGUCGGCAGCCUGCACCACCUCCUCCUGUCGCGCUUCCGCGACCUGCCCCACCGGGCGCUGCUCGAGAUGUCCGGAACCUACGGGCCGGUCAUGCUGCUCCGCCUGGGCUCGGUUCCCACGCUGGUGGUCUCCUCCGCCGAGGCCGCCAGGGAGGUGAUGAAGACCCACGACCUCACCUUCUGCAACCGCCACGUGAGCGCCACCAUCGACAUCAUCAGUUGCGGCGGCAAGGACAUCGUCUUCUCCGCGUACAACCAGCACUGGCGCGAGCUCCGCAAGCUGUGCAUGCUCGAGCUCUUCAACCAGCGGCGCGUGCUCUCAUUCCGGCCCAUCCGGGAGGAAGAGGUGGCGAACCUCCUCCACUCCAUCUCCGGCGAGUGCGGUGGCGGGCGGCCCUUCAACGUCAGCGAUGGGAUCUGCCACACGAUAAACGACAUCGCCGUGCGCACGGUCAUCGGCGACCGGUGCAGGUACCAGGACGAGUACCUGCGCGAUCUCGACGAAGUCUUGCGGCUCAUCGCCGGGUUCAACCUGGCCGACCUGUACCCGUCCUCGCCGCUGGUGCGCCGGUUCAGCGCCGCCGUGAGGGACAUAGCAAGGUGCCAGAAGAACUUGUACCGGAUCAUCGAGAGCAUCAUCCAGGAGCGCGCAGUCAUGCCGACGCCAGAGCGAGACGAGGACCUCCUCGAUGUCCUCCUCAGGCUGCAGCGGGAAGGUGGCCUGCAGUUUGCGGUCACCAACGAGCUAGUCAGCACCGUCAUUUUCGAUAUAUUUGCUGCCGGGAGUGAGACCUCAUCAACCGUGCUGGUGUGGGCGAUGUCUGAGCUUGUUAAGAACCCACGAGUCAUGCGCAAGGCCCAGGCAGAGGUGAGGGAGACCUUCAAGGGGCAAGACAAGCUAACUGAAGGUGACAUGGUCAAGCUAAGGUAUCUGCAUCUGGUGAUCAAGGAGGCCUUGAGGCUUCACGCGCCGGUGCCACUCCUGGUCCCCCGAGAGUGCCGCGAGGCAUGUCAGGUCAUGGGCUACGACGUGCCAAGAGGAACCAAGGUGAUUGUGAACGUCUGGGCUAUCGCAAGGGACAACGAGUUCUGGCACGACGGCGAGGAGUUUAGGCCGGAACGGUUUGACGGUAGCAGCAUUGAUUUCAGGGGCAAUGACUUCCAGUUCACACCGUUCGGGGCAGGCAGGAGGAUCUGCCCCGGCAUCACGCUCGGGCUGGCCAACGCGGAGCUCUUGCUUGCUAGCCUUCUCUACCAUUUCGAUUGGGAGCUGCCGGACGGUGCCAACUCGGAAGAACUUGACAUGGCAGAGGCCUCUGGUAUGACAUUGAGAAGGAAGUCCACGCUCUGGCUGAAGGCUAAGCCACACAUUAAUGUGUUAUAGGCGUAUCAAACUAAUAACCGGUUGAUCUCUGCUGUGAACUAUGUUUUCAGAUUGAGUCUGUAAUCGAUGAAUCAUUGCUACUUACGUAAUUUGUUGCGACAGAGUGCAGUGUAACAUUAUAUCAAUAAAUGAAUGAAUAGUUUGGUCG